GGGUCGUUGAGCCGCGGACAGCUCAGCUGUCUUUACGGUGACACUGGAGGCUGUAAAAUAAACCAAAACAAAGUAAAUGCAGAGGAUUUCAUGGACUGACACGCUUCUGCCUGAAAUAAUGACUUUUAACGGACUCUAACAGGUUCCAGAGAGAACAGUGGUCUCCAGAAUCUCACAUGAAGAAGUCUGGACCAAUCAGGACUCUUCUAGAGCUGGUCACCAUCAGGGGAGAAGGACCUUAGUGAGAGAGGAGACCAAGAACCUGAUGGUCCCUCUGACUGAGCUCCGGAGAUCCUGGAGGAGAUGGGACAAGGUUCUAGAAGGAGAACCAUCACUGCAGCCUCCACUGAUCUGGAGGAGAGGAGAGAUGAAGACUCUCCUCAGUGAGAACCUCAUUAAACCCUGCUUUCAUGUGGGUUUUUUUGGAUUCAGAGAUGACACAUCAGAGCGGACGUCUUCAUCCUCACUGACGAAGAGGACGAGCUGCCAGAGGUCAGGAUGGAGCGAGCUCACAGCCUCCUGCUGAACGAGGAAGCGUGCAACCAGCUGGGUGAACAUCAGAGGGCGGAGUUUAUCUUUGAAUGGCUGAACUACCUGAAGAAGCUCCUCCCAGCCACUGACAGGGCCGACAUUAAACACAACCAGCGGCGUCUCAUCGACCAGCUGUCGGGCAUUCUGACUGGCUCCCCCGGCCCACCCACCCGAUGGCUGCUGGCACACUGCUUGGCCCUGCUCUACCGCCUGGGAGACCCCGUUCCUGCCAGCCUAAUGGUGGAUAGGUGCAAUGACAUCAUCCGCAGCAAAGACGACUCUCCGUCGGGACUCCCGACGCGGCUGGCGGCUGUGGCGUGUCUCGGUGCCCUGUUCGAGCAGCUUGGUCGGAUGCUCGUCGGCUGCUUCAAAGACACCCUGGCCAACCUGCUGAAGGCGAUGAAGAGCGCCGAGUCUCAGGGUCGGUAUGAGAUCAUGCUGAGUUUGGAGAAGAUCCUGCGAGGUUUGGGUGUGAGCGCCGUGUCGUGUCACCGUGACGUCUACAAGGCAGCGAGAGGUUGUCUGACAGACCGAUCCAUGGCUGUACGCUGCGCCGCCGCCAAGUGUCUGCUGGAGCUGCAGCGAGAGGCCGUGUUCCUGUGGAGCAGCGAGCUGGAGAACGUGGCCACUCUCUGCUUCAGAGCGUUUGAAGGUUCCAACUACAACGUGAGAGUUUCUGUCUCCAAACUCCUGGGAACUCUGCUGGCUGCUGCUGUGGAGCCCAGACAGAGCGCAGCAGCCCCCAGGCCAGGUGGGCGGAAUCGGAGCUCCCUGGAGGAGGUGAUGGAUUUGUUGUCGGGCGGAUUCCUGAGGGGCGGGGCGGGUUUCCUCCGAGCAAGCGGGGACAUGCUGAAGGGGACGAGCUCGGUGAGCAGGGACGUCCGCAUUGGAGUCACACAGGCCUGCGUCGUCUUCGUCUCCACCCUGGGCGGCUCCUGGUUGGAGGCCAACUUCCCGGCGUUCCUGUCUCUGCUGAUGGAGCUGGCGUCUCACGGCAGGGCGACACAGACGCCUUCUGACGCCGUGGUGACCCGCCGCUGCGUCUCCUUCAUCCUCAGAAGCACCCUGGGGUCUCUGCUGGGGGAGAAGGCUCAAACCAACGCCGCCAAACAGCUCUGCCUUGCUGUGGCGGCACAAAAGAAAGCCAUCGAUGCAGCUCUGAGCGACGGGAAUGUGGAGACCAGAGUUUCGUCUGCAGACGUCUCAGCCAGCCAGCACGUGCUGGUCUGCUGCCUGCUGGAACUGGGAGGACUCAUACAGGGACUGGGAUCCACCGCAGCCCCCCUCAUCACUGACAGCAGCACAGCCCUCCUGGACACAGUGAUCUCCGUCCUCCUCCACCCCGCCGCCUCCGCCUCCCUGGCUGCCGCCUGGUGCCUCCGCUGCAUGGCGGUGGCAAUGCCUUCCCAGGGUUCCUUGCUGCUGGAUCGCUGUGUGGAGCGGCUGGUGUCGCUGAAGUCUUCCCCUGAGGCUGUGGCCGGGUACGGUGCUGCUGUCGCCGCUCUUGUGGCCGCAGGGCAGCACUGUCCACUGGGCAUACCUCACACCAAAGGCAUGGCGGUCCUGGAUCUGGCUGAAGACCUGCUGCGUUCAGCCUCUCAGAACAGUAGGAUCUCUCUGCAGAGGACUCAGGCUGGAUGGCUGCUCGUCUCCUCUCUCAUAACACUUGGUCCAGCUGUGGUGGAGCACCACCUCCCCCGCCUCCUCCUCCUGUGGCGUUGUGUGUUCCCUGCCUCCCUCAGAGAGCAGGAGAUGGAGCUGCGGCGAGGGGACUACUUUACGUGGCAGGUUACACUGGAGGGACGAGCUGGGGCGCUCAGUGCGAUGAAGAACCUGCUGCUGCACUGCAGAGAGCUGGUCACUGAUGACGUCAUCAGCCGUCUGCUCACACCAUUGGCCUGCGCCGUCGCCCUGUUAACCAAGUUGCCCGCCCUCUUCAGGUCUUAUGGCAGCUCGGUCCGCAGCAUGUCGGUGGUCUACAGACUGAGAGUCUACGAGCUGCUCUCUCUGCUGCCCCCUCACACCUACCAAGAGAGUUUCGGUCUGGUGAUGAACCAGCUGGUGACUGAUCUGUCGGGUCAGGAGAACCUGAACCAGGCGUGCUCAGAGCUCACCCUGCUGCCUCCUCUCUGUCACCAUGACGACCUGCCUCUGGUCGGCCCUGCCCUCCACGACACAGACCACAGAUACAUCGAGGAACAGCUCCACGGCAGCAGCGUGGGAGGAGGAUCUCUGGACAACAACGCCUUCAGUCUGUGUGAGCGGAGCGAGGAAGUACCGGCUCCUUCUCCUCCUCCUGUUGCUCUGACCGCCGCCACUGUCCGCCUCUUUGGAGCUCUCUUCCCCCACAUCAUCCCCCCUCAGAGGGUGAAGAUUUUGGAGCAGUUUGUAGAAACGGUGAACCAGCUGAAGGGUCAACGCCAGCAGACCAUUCAGACACACGUCUGUGCUGCCCUCUGCAGUCUGCUCAAGCACCAGGGAGGCGUUCGAGGCUCUCUCGGCCCGGAGGAGAUCCGUGCUCCAGCGCUGUCUCUCCUGACGGGGGCGCUGGAGAGUGUCAGUCCUCUGCUGCGCUGCCUGGCUGCUGAAGGUUUGGCCCGUCUGGUCCAGGUGGUCGGAGACCCCGGGUUCACCGUCUCUGUCUCUCUGCUCUGCUUUGACAGACUAAAGACGGCUCGGGAUGCAGCCUCUCGCAGUGGCUAUGCUCUGGCUCUGGGGGCGCUGUACCGCUACACCGGAGGAAUCAGCUCCCCUCAACACCUGUCCACCUGCCUGGGCGUGCUGUUCACCCUGAGCCAGGACAGCACCUCACCUGAGGUCCAGACCUGGUCCCUCCACAGCCUCUCUCUGGUGAUCGACCUCUCUGGCGGUCUCUAUCGUGCCCAUGCCGAGCCGUCCUUCACCCUGGUUCUCCGCCUACUGCUGUCAGCUCCGCCCACUCACCCGGAGGUGCACCACAGCCUGGGACGCUGCCUCCACGCCCUCAUCACCUGCCUGGGCCCCGACCUGCAAGGUGAGGGUGCAGCAGUCUGUAGUCUGCGCUCCAGCUGUCUGGUGGGCUGCGGCGUGAUGCAGGACGGUCCAGACUGCCUGGUUCAGGCCAGAUCCAUCUCCUGUCUGCAGCAGCUUCACAUGUUCUCUCCUCCUCACGUCAACCUAGCCAACCUCGUCCCUGCACUGUGUGAGAUCUUGUUGGACUAUUCCACGUUGGCCCACCUGUGCAGCUCGUUCCUGUGUCUGCGGCGGGCCGUGGUGGCGUGUCUCCGUCAGCUGGUGCAGCGUGAAGCUGUGGAGGUUUCUGAGCACGCCGUGACGCUGGUCAAAGAGCUGCCCAGACGAGAAAACACUCAGCUCGAUGUGACCAUAAAGGAGGUGGGUCUGGAGGGCGCUCUGUUCACUCUGCUGGACCGAGAGUCAGAUCCGGGUCUGAGGAGGGACAUCCAGGAGACGCUGGUCCACAUGAUGACGUCCAGCGCCACCAGUGGGAAACUGGGACACUGGCUGAAGCUCUGCAAGGACGUCCUGUCAGCAACCACCGACUGUUUGUCUCCGGUCGAGGCCAGUCAGGAGGACGAGGAGGCGGACGCCAGCAGAGACGACGACUCCUCCACGUUCAAAGCUCGUUCUGAGUCCAGCGGCCCGUUCACAGCGCUGCGCUGGGCCACGCGCCGCUUUGCCAUGGAGUGUGUGUGUCGCAUCAUCGCUCAGUGUGAGAGCGCUGACCCCGCCCACUUCGACAUGGUUCUGGCUCAGGAGAGACGCCUGAAUGAGUCCACAGACUUCCUCGUCCUCCAUCUUGGUGACCUGGUCCGCAUGGCGUUCAUGGCAGCAACGGAUCACAGCGACCAGCUGAGACUGGCGGGGCUCCAGACGCUGCUGGUCAUCAUCAGACGCUUCUCUGCCAUCCCUGAGCCAGAGUUCCCUGGUCAUGUGAUCCUGGAGCAGUACCAGGCCAACGUUGGAGCUGCUCUCAGACCGGCAUUCUCUGCUGAUGCUCCUCCUGAUGUCACGGCUAAGGCCUGCCAGGUGUGUAGUGCCUGGAUCGCCAGCGGCGUUGUGAGUGACCUCCGUGACUUGCGGCGGGUCCACCAGCUCCUUGCGUCCUCAUUGGCUAAAGUCCAGGCAGGUAGAGAAACCUGUAGUCAGCUGUACAACGAGGCCACAGCUACCAUGGAAACGCUGGCUGUGCUGAAAGCGUGGGCUGAGGUUUACGUUGUUGCUGUGGAGACGAGCAGACAGAAGGAGCCUCCUGCUAAAACCGCUGAUCUGCCGUUUUACUCUUCAGCCAAUGACAGCUCUGAGUCAGGAGGGGCGGGCCUUCUGAAGUUGGUCCAAUCAGAUCUGUCGACGCUGAGCCGUCUGUGGCUGGCGGCGCUGCAGGACUACGCUCUACUGACCCUCCCACAGGAGUACGCAUCACAACUACCUGCAACAGGAGGUUCUUUCUACACAGCAGAGACAUUAAAGCAGGCCAGAGUUCACUACACCUCCUCCUGGGCCCCCAUCCUCCACGCCACCUCCCUCUGGCUCCAAAGCACCGGUUUCAUACUCCCCGACGACUCACCUGCUAACCUGUCCAGACCGGCAACGCCCACCUCUAUGGGAUACACCAGCUCAGUGGGCGGGGCUAAGAGUCCAGAGGAUGUCAACUCAGACCGACUUCAUCUCAUACUGGGGAUCAGCGUGGAGUUCCUCUGUUCUCCACACUCUGAGGACCAGAUGGAGAACAUCACUUCCUGUCUGCGGGCCCUGCAGGUGCUGCUCGAUGUCUCUUGGCCUCGAGCCAAGAUCGGAAAUGACCAGGCUCUGAGCGUGGAGCUGCUGAGCGUCCUCCACAGGCUGAUGGUCACCAGAGAGUCGGUCUGCGUUCAGCUCGCCGUGCUGGAUUUACUGAGACAGAUCGUGACGGCGGCUCAGGAGCACGUCAGAGAGAAACGCCACAGCGCCGAGGUGGAUGACGGUGCAGCAGAGAAGGAGACGCUGCCAGAGUUCGGAGAGGGUCGGGACACCGGCGGUUUGAUCCCGGGACGUUCCCUGGUGUUUGGAGCGUUGGAGCUGUGCCUCUGUGUUCUGGUCCGGAAACUUCCACAGCUCAGCCCCAAACUGGCCGGAACCAGCCCGACCGGUCCUGGAGGUUCAGUCUGGAGUUUGACAGACAGCGACUGUCGGCUGGUGGCGUCCGCUCUGUGUGUCCUCUCUGAGCUGCCAUCAGUCUGCUCUCCAGAGGGCAGCGUGUCCAUCCUCCCCACUGUCCUCUACCUGCUGCUGGGCGUCCUCAGAGAGCUGGUCCACCAGCCUGGCACUAAUACAGCAGUCCCUGCGUCAGGCUCAGCGGGUGCGGCUGGUCUGGGCAUGGUGAUCCAGGCGGCGCUUCAGGCCCUGAAGUGUGUGGUGACGUCUCCGAUGAGCCGACAGGAGAAGAGCCGAGGAGCCUGGAAGGUUCUGCUGAGAUCGGCUCUGAACACGCUGCUGGGACUCUGGGACGCCGGAGACUGUGUUGUGGAUCAGGUCAGUCUGCUCACCGCUCUCACCGUCUUCCUGCUCUCUGCCGGUCCUGACGUCUGCACCGCAGAGCCACUGCACACGCUCAGUCUACAGCGCUUCAGUGCCAGCAUGGAGGCCAAAGACCCGCUGGUUGUGAGUCGCUGUUAUCAGCUGCUGACGUCUGUGUUUCAGGCCCCGCCCACCGUGGCUGUCCCAUACAUCCAGGCUCUUGGACCGCCGCUGGUUCGAUUCCUCCAGAGGGUGGAGCGGAGCCGUCCUCAGAGUCAGGAGGAGCUGGUGGGAGUCCUGGAGGCCGUUAGAGCCAUGGAGGCUCUGAUCCAGGCUGCAGACGAGUCCCAACGUCCUCAGCUGGUCGCCAUCAUGCUGCCUCUCCUUAUCUCCUUCCUCCUGGAUGAAAACGCUCUUGGCUCCGCCCCCGCAGCGUCCCGUUCACUGCACGAGGCAGCGCUCAAAGACCUGAUGCGCCUCGGUCCUCAGCACUCCGCUGUCUUCAGGUCUCUCAUCUCGUCGUCUCCUCACCUGAAGUCUCGUCUCGAAGCCGCCGUCAAAGGAAACCAGGAGAGUCUGAACGCUAAAGCCACCAGCGCCAACCCCCGCAGGGCCACCAAGUCGUCCCCUAGCAUCACGCUCAAAACGAACUUCCUGUGAGGCGACGACAGCGGAGGUCAGACAACCCGUUAUCGCCAAGCUGUGUUCACUGUCUGCUGUGACAAACCGACGUACGAAGAAGGUCGACAGCAGACAAAAAUGUUAUGACAUCAAUUCCACUUUGGGCUAAAGUCUGUGGGCUUUCACACUCUUAUGCUGCAUGCUAGUCAAUCACAUAUCACUGUUAUUGAUCACAUUAUUAUCAAUCAAUCAGAGUCACCAUAAAGAAGAAUGCUGGUUUUAUAUCCUGUCUUAACACAUUUCUGCUAUCACUGAUUUAUGCAUCGAUUACUCAUGUCUGGAGGGAAGGACCACACCUGUCUCUGCAGGUACGACUGAACCAACAGCAGCUAAACAGAGAAAUGUAGUCGCAUUUAUUAGAAAUAAUCAAGAAAACAGUCUGAAGUAGAAAAAGGACCACAGGCUCAGUGAGUGAAUGUGAGCGAUGGAAUCAUGAAGAGGAUUUUAUUUUUGUAGUAAAACGAUGAUUUAACAGAUUAUAUACCAACAGAACCUGAAGACUGUGAUUGUUAGGAGGUACAGUUUAGUCAUUAGCACUUUAGUUCAUUAACACUACAUCUUCACUCGUGAGCUAUCGGCGUGAAUGUGAAGGACUUUUAUUGUCUUAAUAUGAAUGUUUAAAGGAUUCAUGACUUCAAAAUAAAACGCUAAAGAUUUACCUGCAGUACUCAAACUAACCUCAGUGUACAGGGAUGAAUGAUGUUUUCUAACCGCCAGGACUGAAUAAAAACUCUUUUCUUCACA